AACGCAUUCCAUUCCAACGAAAGCAAGGCAAUCAGCCUCAAGUAGUACUCCUCCUCGUGUGUGUGUGUUUGUCCUGAGCUGCACUAGUGAGUACGUGUGUUACUAGUGAGCUGAGUGCAAGUAUUACCACUAAAUAGUCAGGACCCUCUGGUCUCAGUAGUUCCGGGCCAACAUCACGCACUCGGGAGAGCUCAAGCUCGGUGACUGGAUCUUCACCGGGGAGAAGAAGAAGCUGGGCGACAAGGUCCUCCCUCCGUCCCACCCAGCUUUCGUCCGUGUCAGCGGCAUCGCCACGGAGAUCAUCCGCGCCGCCGCACGCAGCCUCGCCAUCCACGACGACAAUAAGCUCCUUGAAGAUAAGCUCCUUGACGGCGAAAUAUGGGUCGGCGACGCGGCGCCGAGCCCCAAGAAGAAGGCUCGCUGGGGAGCGCCGAGGCAGCCGACGACCAAGCACCUCGACGGGUUCAAGUGGGAGGUGAUCGUCGUCAACAAUAAGCAGGUGAACGCCAUGUGCGCGCCCGGUGGCAAGAUCAUAGUCUACACCGGGCUGCUCGACAAGUUCAGCACCGAUGCUGAGAUCGCCGCGGUGCUAGGGCACGAGGUUGCACACGCCAUUGCAAGGCACACCGCAGAGGGGCUCACCAAGAACAUGUGGAUUCUCAUGCUCACGGUUUUCCUCGGCAUCUUUAUCGAUGAGCCAAAGAUGAUUGAUAAGCUCGCCAAAUACCUCCUCAGCCUGCCCUUCUCACGAAAGUACGAUGGAGAUAGAGGCAGAUCACAUUGGAAUCCUGCUGCUCGCUGCCGCUGGUUUCGAUCCACGCAUAGCCCCUAAGGUCCACGAGAAGCUCGGAGAGCUCGGUGGGAAUUCAUCAUCGCUCAAGGAGUACAUGUCUACUCAUCCUUGCAGCAAGAAAAGAACGCGGCUUUUACUGGAUUCCAAGGUCAUGGAUAAGGCCAUGGCGUUAUAUACAGAAGCAAGAGCGAGAAAAGAAGAAAUUGAUCGAUGAUUCUUCAUCUUGUAUCAAAGACACAGUCUUGACAUUUUCUUCCAUACAAAGCCACCCUUAAAAACUUGUAAAGGGUGAUGUUUUUCUGUCCAAACACUUGUUAUCUUAAAAUAAUUGAUAUUAUAUGAGCAGUUAGGCCUUA